UGCGCGCCUUCGAGAGCGAGACCGGGGUGCAGCCGCCCGUGGGCUUCUGGGACCCCCUGGGCUUGUCCAGCGACGGGAGCGCCUUCAACUUCGCCCGCAGGCGGGAGGUCGAGCUGAAGCACGGGCGCGUGUCCAUGUUCGCCACCAUCGGCUACAUUGUCCCCGAGUACUACAAGCUCCCCGGAUUCCUGUCCCCGUCCUACGGCAUCCAGUUCAGUGAGGUGCCGAACGGCUUGGGCGCCCUGUCCAAGGUGCCAGCCCUGGGCUGGCUGCAGAUCAUUACCCUCGCUGGCAUCACCGAGGUCCAGAUCUACAAGGACCCGGUGAAGGGUGAGCCGGGCAAUUACGGCGCUGGAUUCCUCGGUGUCAAGAGCAUCGGCCUCACUAGCAAUGGCUUCACGGACCCCGAGUACAGGAAGAUGAAGCUGAACGCCGAGCUCGCCAACGGUAGGCUCGCCAUGAUGGCUAUCAUCGGGAUGUUCUUCCAGGACGGUCUGACAGGGUCCGCGUGGGGCGAUUGGGCCCUCUACACCGACUCGCCCUUGCGCGCCUUCGAGAGCGAGACCGGGGUGCAGCCGCCCGUGGGCUUCUGGGACCCCCUGGGCUUGUCCAGCGACGGGAGCGCCUUCAACUUCGCCCGCAGGCGGGAGGUCGAGCUGAAGCACGGGCGCGUGUCCAUGUUCGCCACCAUCGGCUACAUUGUCCCCGAGUACUACAAGCUCCCCGGAUUCCUGUCCCCGUCCUACGGCAUCCAGUUCAGUGAGGUGCCGAACGGCUUGGGCGCCCUGUCCAAGGUGCCAGCCCUGGGCUGGCUGCAGAUCAUUACCCUCGCUGGCAUCACCGAGGUCCAGAUCUACAAGGACCCGGUGAAGGGUGAGCCGGGCAAUUACGGCGCUGGAUUCCUCGGUGUCAAGAGCAUCGGCCUCACUAGCAAUGGCUUCACGGACCCCGAGUACAGGAAGAUGAAGCUGAACGCCGAGCUCGCCAACGGUAGGCUCGCCAUGAUGGCUAUCAUCGGGAUGUUCUUCCAGGACGGUCUGACAGGGUCCGCGUGGGGCGAUUGGGCCCUCUACACCGACUCGCCCUUGCGCGCCUUCGAGAGCGAGACCGGGGUGCAGCCGCCCGUGGGCUUCUGGGACCCCCUGGGCUUGUCCAGCGACGGGAGCGCCUUCAACUUCGCCCGCAGGCGGGAGGUCGAGCUGAAGCACGGGCGCGUGUCCAUGUUCGCCACCAUCGGCUACAUUGUCCCCGAGUACUACAAGCUCCCCGGAUUCCUGUCCCCGUCCUACGGCAUCCAGUUCAGUGAGGUGCCGAACGGCUUGGGCGCCCUGUCCAAGGUGCCAGCCCUGGGCUGGCUGCAGAUCAUUACCCUCGCUGGCAUCACCGAGGUCCAGAUCUACAAGGACCCGGUGAAGGGUGAGCCGGGCAAUUACGGCGCUGGAUUCCUCGGUGUCAAGAGCAUCGGCCUCACUAGCAAUGGCUUCACGGACCCCGAGUACAGGAAGAUGAAGCUGAACGCCGAGCUCGCCAACGGCAGGCUCGCCAUGAUGGCUAUCAUCGGGAUGUUCUUCCAGGACGGCCUGACGGGCUCCGCCUGGGGCGACUGGGCCCUCUACACCGACUCGCCGCUGCGCUGAGGGGCUACACGCGCGCCAGCGGGGACGGGAACAAGGAGGAGGGAUG